CGUUGUUGCCAACAAGAGAGAGAAACAGAGGAUAAACGAAACAGCAGGAGCGUAAAUGGUUUUCUUUUAAGAAAUAUUCAAAUUUAUGGUCAACAUAAUCCAAAAAACAGGAGGGAUAUGCGUACUUCUGCAACUAUAAAUACCUACCUACGAAGGCAACCUGUCUCAUCACAAAUCAAGAAACAGAGCAAAGAAAUCAAAGAAGCCUUGAAUAAGGAGCUAAAGUUCGUUCAAGACAAAAACAAAUAUGUCAAGCACUGCUGGUCAAGUCAUAUGUUGCAAAGCUGCUGUGGCAUGGGAGGCUGGGAAGCCACUGGUAAUAGAAGAAGUGGAGGUGGCUCCUCCUCAAGCUAUGGAGGUUCGUUUGAAGAUCCUCUUUACCUCCCUCUGCCACACUGAUGUUUACUUCUGGGAAGCCAAGCCAAGGUUUUCGAUCAGAGGGCAGCCCAUUUACCAUUUUGUUGGCACCUCAACCUUUAGCGAGUACACUGUGGUUCAUGUUGGCUGUGUUGCCAAGAUCAAUCCUGCUGCUCCUCUUGACAAAGUCUGUGUUCUCAGCUGUGGAAUCUCUACAGGUCUUGGUGCCACCCUGAAUGUUGCAAAACCAAAGAAAGGCUCGUCGGUAGCCAUUUUCGGACUGGGAGCUGUAGGCCUUGCUGCCGCUGAAGGAGCUCGGAUUGCUGGUGCUUCAAGAAUCAUUGGUGUCGAUUUGAAUUCCAAUAGAUUCGAUGAAGCCAAGAAGUUUGGUGUCACUGAGUUUGUGAACCCAAAAGAUCAUAACAAGCCUGUUCAAGAGGUGAUAGCUGAAAUGACCGAUGGAGGAGUUGAUCGAAGUGUCGAAUGUACUGGAAGUUUCCAUGCCAUGAUUUCUGCAUUUGAAUGCGUCCAUGAUGGAUGGGGCGUUGCUGUGCUUGUUGGUGUGCCGAACAAAGAUGAUUCUUUCAAAACCCAUCCAGUGAAUUUCCUGAAUGAGAGGACUCUCAAGGGCACUUUCUUCGGCAACUACAAACCGCGCUCCGACCUUCCUUCAGUUGUCGAGAAGUACAUGAACAAGGAGCUGGAGCUAGAGAAAUUCAUCACCCAUGAAGUCCCUUUCUCAGAAAUCAACAAGGCUUUCGAGUACAUGCUUAGUGGAGCUGGCCUGAGGUGUAUUAUCCGUAUGGGUGCAUAAAAGAAGACUGGUUUUGUUUGCCUUAGUGUGACCGGAAACAAUAAAAUCUUGUUUGAGAUUGUUGAUUAAAUAAAGUUUCUGUGUUUGAGCAUCAGUAUGUAAUUUCUUUCAUUGUUGAUGGCAAAAAUAUAUAUAAUUAGCCCAUUUCUGGCACGUAAAUAUAAAUCAAAGAAUCACAUGUUCUUUUUCUUUCA